CAAGUGUUUAUGCAAAGAUGGCGGGCAAAGUUGGAGCAGGAAAAUGUCUGUAAAAAUCCGCUAAAAGUUUCCACUUUUUAACGGGGUUAUGAGUCUUAUGAGACAAGUAAGCCUUCUGGCAGCUGGCUGCCAGCCAUGGAACCUUGAUGUGUGCGCAGCAAGCUGUAAUGGGGAUCGAUUUGCCUACUGCGCGACCCUGGCGGUUUACGUUUACGAGGUAUGAAGUCGUUUUGCGUUCCAAAACCAUGGUUCCCUUUCUAUCUUCAGUUUAUCGCCGAUUUCAGUUUUUUUUUCACUCUGUUUAUAUUUUGGAUAAAGAGAAAAAUAGUAUUAAUUUGAUUCGUUAAAACUUGAUUCACUUGUUGAAGUGACUUUGGAUUGUUGAAUGUUUAUAUUUGCCAUUGGUUACAUUAAUCCGCGGUCGCGGUUUGUGGAAUGCGUAUGACUGGUCAGUAUUCCGAUGUUGCUAGGUAAACACCCUCCCAUCUCACCGUCUUUUAAGAGGAGCUGAUACUCUCUUCUGAGAAGAUGGUUAAAUAAACAAAUUGUCAUCGUUAAUUUAUUUUAUCUUGCAUGAUGAGUCUAUUUACUUCCAAAUUCUACUCUUCUAGAUUAAAGCUUAUUUACCCAAAUGUGGGAGCAAGGCGACGUUCUCUGCCAGACAAAUUUUUCUUUAUUAAGCAGCGGCUUAAAAAUUCCUGCUAUUUUUUCUCUUGUAGAAACAUUUUGUGACAACGGAAGUGUUCCAUUUUGAAAUGUUGCGUUUAGCUCGCUUCGUAUAUGAAAUGAUAGCUUCGUCUCCCGCCCCUCACUGAUGAGCACAUUUCCAUUGUCCCUAUUCCCACUUGUUCCAAUUUUCAGUAAAAUUGGUGAUUCUUAUUGGAAUAUUAUUGUUACAUUUUGCACAUCCUAUGCAGUAGGCAUACUUAAUUAUAGCAUCUUUGGAGGUUAUCUGUCAUCAGGUAGAAAGAAUAAUAUUAUAAUUCUUUACAUUUAUUUAAAUUAUCUGAUAGGUAUGGUGACUUAGGCGUACUACCUAGGCAUAGUGUUUUGUAGACUUCCGAAUAUCAUUUCCACAUUCUGGGGGGCAUCUUAUGCAUACCUGGAGCUUGAAGAAUAAUAUUAUGACCACCUAAUCCUGUUUUUAUUUUUUUAUUUUUGUCAGUUGGAUCGCCAGUUUAAUGAAUUUCGUCUGUCAGCCAUUUUAGCACAGCACAAGAAGACAGUCACGUGCCUUGUUUGGCAUUCCAAAAACUCUGACAUUCUUGCAACAUCCAGCAAUGAUUGUAGAAUUUGUAUAUGGAGUGUCUCACAACAGAAAGUAAUCAGCGCCUUGGACAGCUUCAACUCUGUGCCAGUAUGUAUCGGAUGGUGUCCUCAUGACCAGGAUUCAAUAGCUUACAUUAAUGGGCGUGGACCGAUGCAAAUAUGGAGCUACACUGCCCCUGCUGAAAAGAUAGUGUCAAAGUAUCUAGAAUCUGUGACAUUUUUUUCUGAUGUGAGCCAAUUUCGCUGGAACCAUAAAAAGCAAGGAAAACUUGUUUUUGGUCAUGUUGAUGGCAGUAUAACUGUUAUAAAUCCUGGCCAGAAACCUUUCAAGCAUUAUUUAAGACCUGAGACUGUUGAAGAUCAGGAUGAAGAGGACCCUGUGACAAGUCUUGAAUGGGACCCGCUAUCAGUGGAUUACUUGUUAGUUUCCAAUGCCUAUCAAGGAACAAGAUUGAUUGAUACUGACUCCAUGACGGUUAUCAUGAAUUUUAAAUUACCAAGUUCAGCAACAAAAAUUCACACUUUGGCUUGGGUUCCCUCGGCACCUGGGAUAUUUGUGACAGGAGGUAGUUAAAAUAUAUCAUGAGUUUAUGUAAUCAUACUUACAUUGUUUUGACUGAACAGUUGUGCAGUACAGGAAACAUAGUGGGCCUACUGUGGACAUGUUUAGGAUUGAAUGAGCCUGUCAAUAAAAGCCCCUCUCAUCCCACCCCACCAUCAGUGACAUUUCAUUAGAAAGAGUUCCUUGUGGCAGGAAGCAAUGAAAGGUGGUUCUAUUUGCAGCCCAGGAAGAAAAUUAGCAUUUAUGUGGUGAUCAUCGAGAGAGAAAUAUAUAAGUGUAAAUGAACUAUAACCCUAACCCUAACCUCAUUGUUAACCCUACACUGACUCAUAACUUGACUCAUAACUCAGUAACUCAUAAAAGCUGUUAAACAAGCUUUCUUUUGGUGGUCGUAAAUGAAAGUUUCCGCUAAACAUGCAUACGUCAGACAAAUAUAUUGAAAAUUAAAAUGAUAGCUGGGCUGUGCUCUAGUAUUAUGGAGUAAUAGUUUUGAGAUCCCUACAAUUUUUCUGUAAAGCACAGCUGGAGCUUUGAACCUAGUCAAAUAUAAUGUACUCUCUAUCCUGAAGAUUUGAUUAAUAGACCAACAUUGGAAGGACCUGUGGAGAGUGUGCCAGGAAGUUCAAUGAACAUUAAUUUCUUAUCAUUUAUUUCAGACUCCCAAGCUGGAAUUUUGCGCAUAUGGAAUGUGUCAAAAAGCACCUCUAUGACAAACAUUAAGCUUAAAAUGACUGGUUUUCAUGCACUUAUUGUAGUGGAACCAUCACAGAGCAUUUCGCCAACCAAUAAUAAUGAUCAUAGUUUUGUUGGAUUGUCUUCAACUUCUGCUGCAAGUGAAGCUCCAUCUUCACCCAAUCAAAUUGCAUAUGCUCUGCCUCCUGCCAGAAUUCUUUGCACAUUUCUUGAUGGUGGUGUUGGACUGUAUGAUUUAGGGAAAAGGAAAUGGAGUUUCCUUCGUGACAUGGUGAGUCUAGUUUCUGUAUCCCUUAGAAUUAGAUCAAAUGCCAAAGGAUGAUUUUUGUGUUACUAGUUAAGUGAUACAUUUCUUGAUCUGGUUUAGCAAUAAUUAAUGUCUGUAUACCUUCUUAUCCUUUUUUAAUUUGAUCCAUAUCGAAUUUUGUCAGGGUCAUAUUGAGACAAUAUUUGACUGCAAGUUCAAACCUGAAAAUCCAGAUUUAUUGGCUACAGCAUCAUUUGAUGGAACAAUAAAGGUCUGGGAUGUCAACACCAUGACUGCAGUAAGUAUUUGAAGUCACUCAGUCUCGGGCUUUGUUUUCUUUGUUUUCUUUGAGGUUAUGUUACUGUACUCACCAAUGACUGGGGUGUUUUUUUGUUUUACAGGUACAUUCUUCUCCUGGAAAUGAAGGAAUAAUUUAUGCCCUUUCCUGGGCUCCUGGUAAGACUUUCUAAGACAUUAUAGUUUAAUUCUUAAAUGUAAUCAAUUUAAAAAUGAUUAUAAGUACUGUUAUUUAUCAUAAUGAAUUAUUGUGAUAUGUGUUACCCUUGUAGGGUUAAUCUAAGGUCUUACAGUAGUGCUAAAAUCAGUAAACUACUGGCUCCCUCAAAAUAUGAUUGAUUCCUUUUGAAUUUGAAAUUAGGUCAUGUGACCCUUGUGAGAAUCCCCAAAAAGGGUCAUCUGACUUUUUCCUUUUUCAAAUGCAAUAACAACGGUUUGUAGCUCAAAUCCUCUAACAUUGCUAGAAUAGAACUCUGUUAACCCUUUAAGUCCCAAUGGUGACCAACAUCAAUUUUCUCUUAACCAUAUCCAAAGAUUGUCAACAGAUUAGGAUAUGAGAAUUAAUAAAUUGAUCAGCUAAGAGAAAAUGCUUUGAUCUUGUAUCAAAUUCUCUCAACACAUUCUUUAAGGAAAUGUAUAGAGUUCAGUUUGGAGAAUUCAUAUGCGGAUAUUGGGGCUUAAAGAGUUAAAUCUCUCUGCCAGCUCCACCUUUUCGGGGUCCCCACAUAGCCAGUAUGAUCCAUGGUUUUGUAAGAUUAUAAUGACUCGUUCAACAAUGCUUACUUUUUACUUUUUGUGCUGUUGUUGUUGUUGUCAUUUGUAGUUAUUGCAUAUUGUUUGCUAAUAAGAUUGUGUAAAAAUAAUAAUAAAAAGAUUGUAAUGGCUAACUUUCUUAGUAAAUUUUCAAAUGCAGCACUUAACUUAAAAACUGUUUUAUAGGAGAUGUGAAUUGCAUUUGUGGAGCAACAGCAAAAAAUGGUGUCUUUAUCUGGGAUAUAAACAAAGGGAAAAUAAUCAAGAGGUUUACUGAGGUAAGUUAACCCAAAAAGUGUUACCACAGGUAGCACUGAGUUUGCAGAAUAUUAAUGCAUGCAUGUAAUGUUACAGGUAAUUAGUUGGUUCUUCUUAUUUUUUUUCAAUAGCAUGGUAAACAUAACAUUUACAAUGUGAGCUGGAAUCACAAGGAUUCGCGAAGGAUAGCAUCCUGUAGUUCUGACAAAUCAUGGUGAGCCAUAUUUACUGGGCAUUUGAUAUAAAGGUUUUUUUGGUGGUAAGUCAAAUGAGAAGUAGUCAAUAAUUAUAAGUUGUGUUCUGCAAAAUGUUAAUUUGCACUUUUAAGUGAAACAACUGAAAAGUGACUUCACGCAAACUUCAUUUUUUUCUGCUUAGUUACUGCAAUUCGAGUUGUAAAUAAAAUAAAAAAAUACCUUAUUUUGGGAACUUGAUAUGCUAUUCGAGGUAAUAGUACAGUAUAAAUUAUGAUUACCUCACACUGUAAAUAAUGUUCACUUUUUAGUGUUGUGCGACAUGUUGAUGGCACUUUGGUCAAGAGAUAUAAGCACCCUGGAUCAGUUUAUGGCUGUGACUGGAGUUUGAACAACAGGUAAAGAUGCAAAUAUAUUUCACAAAAGGGAUUAAUAAUAUAUAGUUAUCAGUAUCAAACUUGAUGCUUUUAUCUGAUUUCAGGGACAUGAUUGCGACAGGCUGUGAAGAUAAAUGUGUCAGAGUGUUUUAUGUUGCUGCAAGCACUGAUCUUCCUUUAAAGAUAUUCUCUGGUAUGCAUAUUGUUUAAUUUGCCAAAACUAAACUGAAUUUAAAUAAAGUAAAGAAGCAUGUAGAGAUGAUAUACUGUAAUCCUUGGGGAGAUAUUUCAUAUUGAGGCAUAUCUUGCUUGUCCUUGAAUUCAUUAAAUACAUAUUAAUCAUUAUUAAAAACUGAAUCAUUGGAUAAUGCAGUUCUAGAGCUCUGAUUGCCUAUGAGCUAUCUUUUGUUGAUUUGGAGGUUAAUUUCCUUAGGUCACACAGCAAAGAUUUUUCAUGUGAAAUGGAGUCCCAUACGUGAAGCUAUUCUCUGCAGCGGGUCAGAUGAUGGGUAAUAAACUUUGUUUUCUUAUUUCUACCUUUCAUUGUGGGCUGUUAAAUUUCUAGUAUCAAUUCGUAAGCACUGUUCAUAGUAUUGUAUUUAUGUAAUCUGUUUUAUGUCUGUAAGCACUGUAAGUACCUGUUCUUGUGAAGAUGGCAAUAAAACAGUAAUUAUUAAAUAAUAAAAACAAUUCCAUCCCAUCUGGCCUGUGCUUCGUGAUAUUCAGAUAUUUGUGAUUUUUAGUGAAUACUAAAGCAGUUUUGAUUUGUAGAUCAUUGAUAAGCAAAUUAUGACUUACAGGUAGCCUUAACAAGCUGUAGUAAUUUAUUUAUUUGUUUUCCUGUUUUGAGCAGCACCAUAAAAAUCUGGGAUUACACUGAGGUAAGACACUUAUACUGUCUUCAACAUAAUUUGUAUUUUUAGUUAAAUGAAAAAGUUAGAUUGCCAAAAAAUUCUCAUACCUUGAUACAAUGCCGCUACCAUACAUUUGUACAGUGUUGAGUAGGAGACAAAAAGCGUACGGUUUCACAGAAAGUAACCAGAGCUGGUUCUAAACUGUAUAGGGAGCACAGAAUACUUAAUUUCUUUGGUUAUUGUAACACUUUACAUUUGAAUAAGAUUGACAUUGUUCCCGUUUUCUCCAUAGGACUCCUGUAUUAACACGCUUCAAGGACACACAGCACCUGUUAGAGGUCUACUCUGGAGUCCAGAGAUCCCAUACCUGCUGAUAUCUGGAAGCUGGGAUCAUGCGAUUAGAAUAUGGGAUACAAGGUAGUGGACAUAAUUCUUUCUGUAUGCAAAAGGUGGUCAGCUUGGAAAGUUUGUUGGACUUUGAUUCCCUCACAAAGGAAUUAACAAAAUGUUGUUACAUCUGUAUGAAAUAACACUUCAUUUCGUUUUUAAGAGAUGGAUCUUGCUUAGAAACCGUUUUGGAUCAUGGAGCAGAUGUGUACGGUAUGUAGCCAUACUUUCAUCACACACAGGCCAAAGUUACUUAUAGGGGCUCUAUAGAGGGGGCGUAUGAAUCAACGAACGGAGAUUAUUUUCCUUGUCCAAUGCCACGCCCUUCAUUAGAGCUCCACCAAUGCUUACCUCAUCUCUAGAAACUUUUUUAUUGUUCUAAGAGGUUUUUUUUCAAACAAGUUCGCAGAGAGGAUAACAAUUUUUAAUGAAUUCUUCAUUUCGCUUCAUGCUAGCCACAGCCUUCCGAGAUACGCAUUAUGUUGUCUUGUUUCUGAAAUUCUUUUGCGUAUUCUCUACUCCGGCGUAGAGGUCACCUUGGCUGGAUAAAUCUUUGUGAACCUGCGUUCUAUAUACAUAUAUAUAUAUAUUUUUUACCAUAACAGGUUUUUUAGUAACUUACUGUACAUUUUGUUAAUUGUAGGCCUGACUUGUCAUAGAUUCAGACCGUUCACUGUAGCAUCGUGUUCACGUGACUCAACUGUCCGGAUCUGGUCUUUGUCGCAUUUGGCCUGCUCCUUACAGAUUGACGUCCUGGCCAAAAAAUCUUUGGAAGAGAUCGUCACACCCAAUACAGGUAUGGUAUCUACACAGAUAUCAGAGAUUUUGUGUGUUUGAAGAAAAGUAAUUUCAUGGCAAAAAAAAUUACUCAGGAAAUCACAAGUUUUACUGAAUUGACGACGUUUUGCCUCUUGUAAAAACGACUCAACAGUUUUGAAAACUGACUACAGAUAUAAAUCGCUACGGUCACAAUCUUUAAUCGAAGAACAUCACAUCCCUCGAAGCUUAUAAAACGAGCAUAGAUAAAUAAACAAACAAAUAAAUAAAGCGUUGUGUAAGGUAGAAGAAUUUAACGGACGUUUUUGGUUUCCAUAGAAACGGCCAUGUCAAGUGGAGGCCCCCCGCUGUUAAAUGGACGAGUCUCUCGUGAACUGAAAGCGACUGUUUCGACUAAAGGCGACAAGUCUCAUAUGUCAGCAAUCAAACUUCUUUCGGAUUUCUUUACGGUAAUUCCAGCUGCAAUUUCUUUCUUGUUAAUAUUGCUACCCCGGCUUUCUUGUCCUUUGCAUGAGACGAAUGAAACUCCUAAAGUAGUGGGUCCACGGUUGCAUUGAUUAUAAAAUAGCAGAUGCCGAUUUCCGUUACUGAAAAAGAAUACUCUUCCUUUAAAGACUCUUGGGCCAGGAAAUUUCUCUCGCCAAAUGGGAAGUUUUUUUUAACAAAAUAAGAAAGGGUUUUCGUAACUUUUUAACUUGGAGUAAUGUUACAACAGAAACUGCUAUUGGAAUUUCUGCAGUUUGAAAAAUAGUCUUCAACGUCGCUUGACAGUUUUAUUCACUCCUGUCUUUAAUAUUUGUUAGCUGCCAAGAAAGACGAAAACCUUCCAGAAAUGAAUAUUUUUCCUUUUUUUCUUUCACUUUUUUAUUACUCAGCCUCCUUGUGGAGGGCGCAACUUGUGGGACUUGGUUUUAGUACUGUGCGAUGGUGAAGAAAGUUCAUUACCAGCAUCUUACAGCAAAGGAAUUAUUCACAGCAAACAUCUAAUCAAGUAUAAGGCAGUGAGUAUACUUUUGCUGUUAGUUCAAGCUCAGGUUUUUUGUCAUUUACUCGCUUUUUCACGUUUGUUUGUUAAUAUUACAGUUGAUAUUGAUCACUCUUCAGGUCGCUUUCUUUGUUUGAUCAACUCGAAAAAGGGCAACAAACUUGUGCUUGUAAUAGACAUACUCAAAACCGUGCUGACAGAGAGAAGCUUUCAGUGACUAACUUUAUUGUGUUUUUAAGUCCGAAGCACAGGAAUUAGAAACAGUGCGAACAAGCAGAGCAGGAAGGAUGAUGGCCAAGAGGGAAGACAGAAUAAGAGAAGCCGCCAGUUUGCAAGUGAAGAUCGGUCAGCUACAAAGAUACUGUGAACUUAUGGUCGAACUCGGCGAGGUAAACCAUAGGGCGCCUACAACAAAUCUGAACGGUCCGCUUGCCGGACUGGUCAUUUUGAACAAUUAAAUGGGCUUUUUACUAGAGUUUUCGUAAAACACCCAUCAAUGCCGUGCAUACUACAUGGACUGUGAUCUGGUUGUACCGUCUAGAUAAUGGUUAAAGGGGCACCUUCAACCAGUGUGCAUUGCGGUCUUGCACUUCACCGAAAUUUGCUGUAAUACAGAAAUCACGAACGUUCUGAUUGUGUUUGAAAAUCGGAUUGUAUCUUCACAACCUAAGGAAAUAGCAGUCUUUGAUACCCUUCUUAAAAGAAACAUAGAUACAAUCCUGUUAUCAAACACAGAAAUCACGAUGUAUUACAGGAAACGAUUUCGGUGAAGUGCACGACCGCAAUGCACACUGGUUGAAAGUGCCCCUUUAAAUUCUCGUAACGACUGGACUGGUCUUACCGGCCAUGUCUGAAUCACGGUGAGCGCUCCUGCAUCGCACGAGAGACAACUAAUUAUACAUUUAAACGUGCAGUGCACUUUUGGACAGCAUGAUAAAUUUCGUUAUCGGUGAUUUUUUAGUUGCUGGUUGUCUUAGUGAACGUGAUGACUUUUUUUUAGACGUCAUUCAAAUCAUUCCUUCAUCACCAUGGCCAUCAUUAUCACCAUUGUCAUCAUCAUCAUCAUCAUCAUCAUCAUCAUCAUCAUCAUCAUCAUCAUCAUCAUCAUCAUCAUCGUUAUCAUCAUCGUCAUCAUCAUCGUUAUCAUCGUUAUCAUCAUCAUCAUCAUCAUCGUCAUUAUCAUUACCGUCGUUAUCCUCCUCAGCACCAAUCAAUAUUAUCGUCUUCAUCACAAACAUAAACGACCACAGGAGCCCAUCGUGACAACCAUUAUUAAGGUAUUAUCUUAUCAUCAGCAUCAUCGUGGUCACCGUCGCUGUCGUCUUCAACACCAUUACCUCUGUCUUUUGCAGAUAAUUAUUCCACCCUGGCCGUCUGUAUAGAUCCUCAUUCUCAGUACUCUUUAUUAUUUGUUUACUUAAUAGUGGGACAGGGCUUUAGCAAUGGCACCAGGGGUGUCAAUGGAUUACUGGAGAGAGUUGACGGAAAGGUGCGGAAACAAUUCUCAAAUUCCUUUUUUGGUAAUCUUUUCAAGCUUUAUUGCCUUGAUUACUGGUAAAGUAGACUAAACGGUAACUCAGUCUGCCUAACCCUUCCGUGGAAGCAAGUCCAUCCGUGUUCCUUUCACUUUUCCCGUUAGUAACAUAGUAUUUUGUUGGGAUGCAGCCACGCAAAAAUAUGCAUCACUAGAAUUCGCCACUUAAGAAACGAGAGGCCGAGUUAACGUUCGCAAAGACCUCUGGGACUGCUACUAGGCAGAGGGGAAAAAUUGGCCAAUAGCUGACCGACGCGUCCCCAGUAACCAUCCCAGAAACAAUUGCGCGGCACAUUUCGGCUCCAGUCCUCUUCUCUUUUCUAAAGUUCCAAAAAAAAGCAAGUUGGAUUUGUAAUGCGAAAAUGUGUGAUGCAAAUCUAAGCGUUUUUGCUUGUGUCUUCGUUAACAACAUUAGUAUGGCUAUGCUGAUUUUAUCCCGAUUUGUUUGCUGUUGAACUUUGUUGUAGACGCACUGCUCAGCUCAUGAGAGAGGACAAUGAUGCAGCUGUCCCUUACUGCGCUGCUUUGGGAGAUGCAAACAAGGUACCGGCCAUCACACAAUGACAUGAUUGACUUUUUCUCACAUUUCGUUUUCUUUCUUCAUUUUUAUUCUUUUUCUCAGACUUCCUGCACAUGAAUUCACUUCUUCACUUUAGAAGGUUCUCAAUUUACAACCCGAAAAAAACAACAACAGCAGCAACAAACAAACAAAGAAACCAAAACCGAGUUAAUCCAGCAGAAUAACGUUUUGUCGGCGAUACGAUAUCCUAGCUCAAGUUUUGCUCGUUCUUUUCAUUUCCAGUUGGUUUCAUUCUUUACGUCACGUGGCCAGCUUCAUGACGCACUAUUGGUUGCUCAGGUGGCGUGUGAGGGAGGCAUUUCAUUACCGCCGAAGAAAGAAGCGAAACCUCUGGAUCUUAAGAAAAACGACAUUUUACCUUCGCUGACAAACUUUAUGACCGAUGAGAACAAAGGGUGAGAAUUGUAAUGCAGUGAUGUUUUAGUGCUGGAAGCAAGGCUUCUUUCAUGCUGCAAAUAACAGUUUUCUAACACAGUUAACAAAUCGGUGAUGUUUAGUUGUUGCUUAAACGUUUUAGUAAAUGAAAUAUGAGCGAGCGACGAUUCGUUAGUGAUGGUUGCAACGUUACUCUUCUUGUCGUUCAGUUCAACUUUUGAAGUUUUUUUAGUAAGUGAAACUUGAGACUCGAAAAACAAAAAUCCAAGUUUUCCCAACAGAAGUGGAACCAAUAGCCUACACAAGAGGCGUUAUUACAGGCACUUAAGCUCGCCCUAAAGCCCGCCAGAGAGAUCCUGGUAUUUCCUGUGGUUGCUAGUCCAGAUGCUUUACCUCUGAACUAUUAGAAAUUCAUGGGACAAUACUGGGAAUUCAUCGUUUGUUGCUACAUUUUGUAGGUUACUUCAGUCCACGAGCACAGCAUUAGCAGACUGGUAUUUCUACAGUGGGCAGCCUGUGUUGGCUGCUUGUUGUCAUCUGGCCGUUGGUGAUGUCAAGGUUAGAGCUCAUGAAAGAUUUUAUAUAAAUUGCCUUAUUGUGUAGCCUUAUCAUGAAACCUUACUAAGUAAUAUGAGUUGAAGUCACAAAUCUCCAUGGGUAGUUUUCGCUAUACCGGCCUUUGCACAACUUUGCGUUAUUUCAAAACUCUAGCAAACACGUUUCCACUUUUCCAAAACUCUUAAGUCUCUAUCCGCCUGUAACCUCUCCCCCAAGAACUGAAUUAACUGGAUUAACUAAAGAAGGGCCCACAUGAGAAAAAGCGAUUUUCUUGUUUAGAAGUAAACUCAUUCUUUUCAGUUGGAUUUGAUUUGUUACUUUAAGAUGUAUCUUUGUGGAAUACAUUACCACCUAAGUGUAUUUCUCAUCUUUAACAAUUAUAAUUCUGUAUAACUUAAAUUCUCUAAUAAUUCUAAAAUGUUAUUUUUCAUUAUUAAGAUUAAUUAUUUGCACAUUUUAUUCAACAGUUACUUGAAAAUGUCACAGAUAUGACCCCAGUGGCGGAUCCAGGCGAGGAGCCCGUGGGGGGGGGGGGGGGGGGCUGGCCCCCUUAUCUUUGGACCAAACUGAGGCUUAAAGUGCCGAAAAAAAUUUUUUGAGGCCGCCCCCCCUAUUCUUAGGGUCUAGAUGACCCCCCCCCUGAUCUGAAAGUCUGGAUCCCGCCAUUGGCCCCGGCUACCAAAUAUAGACAUGUUUAUGUGCUUGUAUGUUGACGUCAUUAGCAUGAUGCCCUGUUUGUUUUCAGUUUGCGUUAUCCAAGCUCAUUCGAGGCAACGAACUUGAACUCGCUGUCAGCAUAGGAAUGGUGCUAAAUGAUGACAGCCAAAUGUAUCACCUAGCUGUAGAAUUUUUGGCAAGAAAAUGUGAAAGAUUGGGCAAAUGGUAAGAGCUUGAAUCAUCUACACCGUUUUACAUGUUUAAAAGCAGAAUGUAUUUGUUAUUGCUGUUCCGACCUCUUGCCAGUUCGGUGACUCAGAUGCUAUUUUUGUCUCUAUUUAUUUUAGGGACUCUUGUAUUGCCUUACUGAAGUUAUUACCAUCCAGCGGAAACUACCUGGUCAAGUCAUGCGCCAGAUGCCAGGGAACAGUUACGGAAUUAAACGAAUUGCACGAAAAGGUAACUUAACUUCGUUACUGUUACAGUUGGCAUAUUUCAAUGCAUCAGCAUGCAAACACUACCACUGAAAAGAACUAGUCACUCUAGAGUUUCAGCUUCCAGAAUAUCAAAAAAAUACAUAUUAUACAACGUCAAACAAAAAAACUUUCAAUGAUCCCAGUUUAAGAUUUCAUAUUUGAACUCAAAAGGUAGAACCCGCACUUUGCACUGCAGCUUCGAACACAGAUACUGCUCAGUAGCCUUGAUAUUUUGAUGGUCAUACCUUGGAUCUUAUCCUCUUAAAGGCUACAGCGAGACAAAUAUAUGGGCUUAUAAUAAAAACUAAUACUCAAUCUCUUACGGUGGUGAUGCGUUCAGUAUCAACUUCAUAAGUGAUGUAGCGUAACUUUUCUUUUGUUUUUGUGUGAUCACUUAUCAGGCAGGGUUACCAAGUGUGGAGGAAUGUUUGCAGAAAGCAGAACAGUUUUGCGAUGAGAACAAAUUCCUGGAAGCCAUGAAGUAUUACCUUGUUUCUUCUUCACCUGAGUUAGCGCUUGAUAUCGGCCUGAAUCUUGUGCGAGGUAAGAUUGCCGGCGGUCCUGGGUUCGAGUUCCUCUUCAGCCAACAGCUGUACUCGGUCGUACCUGGUUCAAAUCCUCACCCAUGUUUGUUAUUUGCCAUCUGGUGGCCUCUUGUCAGUUGGGCCGGGUUGUUCUGUUUGCAUUAUUUGUUUGUUAUUUCCUGAUAGGGGGUUUACCUCAGUGUAAGAACUUGUGAACUUUUUCUUUGUUUUGCACGUUAUGUUUUUCUAGGUUCUACAGUGCUGACUUCUUUGUUUUCAUCGUUUUACGUCAUCCGUAAGGUUAACAGGUUCUUACACCGAGGAUGAGCUCUGAUAAGAGUGCCUGAAAACUAGCUAGAGCAGCGACUUGCCUAUAAGUCGAAAUCAAAAUUUUUUCCGAGCGCAAACCGAAGCGGGCCUACUACCGGAACCGGAAAUGACAAGCGUAGGACUGUGGGCAAGUCUACAGCGAAGCGUACUUCAACUGUAAACAAAGCAUUUACCAUUUAUUGGCGUUAUAUUUUCUUCGAACUUUACCAUAUAUAUUGUUAAUGCAAAGGUUUCUCGGUAUGUAAGUAAUCAUUUUACUUGUUUUAGAUGCCAUGAGAAAACCCUAUUGGGUGCUGGAUGAUAUACUAGGUGUGGUCCAAUUAAUGUCGUGUAUCAGGACAGACCGCUUACAGCAAAACAGGAUUUCCAAGUAAGACAUUUUUAGCGGAAAAUACAUUACUGGUAUUUACACGGAACUAACCCAGUUGUACUGUUUUAUUAUAAAAACGACUUGACAUCCAGACCUUUCGUCUGACAACUGCCCCCAUUUCUGACUAACAGCUAAAAUUAAGGCUGUGGAUCAUAGAUGUCUGCGGUAAUGCAACCUUCCCUCAAAGAUCAUGUUGUUUAUAUCCAAGAUUGCCAUGAAAGUAAAGAGACUUUUUGGAUGGGUAUCCUUUCAAUCCAGUGUGACCAUCCAUCCACCCAGCUUGAUAGCUGACUUUAUGCGUUUUUUUUUUAAAGAAGGAAACAAAACAAAACAAAACUGUUAAAAAAAAAAAACACCCAGUAGGACCGGAGGAUCUUGUCGUUAUCUACCUUGAAUAUAUGCACUGAAGGAGUGUUCAAGAUAAUUUUAACCCACGGCGAUAAUUUUGUCGUUCCUCCGAAUAGGCAAAGACAAGAGCUUCUUGCACUGAGUGCAUACGUUGGAGCGCUGUUAGCAAUAAGGAGAAAGUACGAUCCAAUCGUCCAUCCUCUGUUUAAACACGCUAGGUAAGACUGAAUUUAGUUUUCAAGCGCGCUUGGUAAACAGUUCCAGCAUAAUUUGUUAAUCGAUUUUUGUGUUUAAAUGUCAGUUUUCAUUAAAAAUUCAAAAGGCAAUGUUAACUCCUUUUUAUCUGAUGUUUGUUUUGCAAUAAAACCGCGAGUGCUUAGCGAGCUGGUUUUGAAGAGAAUCAAGGCUGGCGAUGACCUUGCUUUGACUCAACCAUCACUGUCUUCGUAUAUGGAAGAGGGGUUCGCUUUCUAUUCUGACGCUCAUUAACAGUUUGCACAUUUUUAUGUCUGUGCGCAAAUUAGCACGACUCCCAAAGUAGUUCCUCUGACCACUUCCUAAAAGCCUUUAUUUUGUUACCCUGCGAGCAGUUAGUAGAGAGCUUCUGAUUUGAGGAGGAGAUCGAGUACGAGAUUUAAGUUAAAGUUUUUGCGCGUGUUCUCAAAAACAAGACUGCCCGGAAAGCUUCAUUUUACUUUAUUCCACCAAAAAAGUUAUUAUUAGUACGGUUAUUGUACUCCCCCGAUAGCAAAAUGAUAAAAUUCCGAACAUUUGAUAACUUGUUUUCGCCACUACGACAUUCUCGCUAAAACUCGUAGAAGAAUGACGAUGGCCAUCACAUUUUCCCGCCAAAAUGACGUUGGUUCGCGCACGCGCACCACUUAGUAUUGAGAAAAUCUCGUUCUCAUAGUUCUUAUCUUUGAAUCUAAAGCUCUCUAAUACGCUACUUGGGACGGCUUCGUAAAUGCUAACAGCCAUGCUGGAAAGAAACUUCUGCUCAACCUCAUGUCAAAUUCAUUUGAUUUCUUUCUAUUCAAGGCAACUGUUUCACACGGACAAAGUGGACUUGGCAGUCACAACUUCUCAACUUGAAAUGGAAUCAGAAGCAUGGCUCGCAUUCAAACAACCUCUCAAGUGAGUAGCCAGUCUCCACUGAAUUCUCUUCCUGGUUUGUAUUCAGAGUCACAGGACACCUGCAUUACAAGAGGGUAACCCUGUGUUGUAGCAUAAAGCAGGUAUCAGUAUUGCGCUACCCCCUCCCUACACCUGGAUGGUAGGUUAGUCUAUCGCAGAGGCACCCAUGGUAUGUUUUCUGAUUCGCUGUCUGAUAUUCUUUAUUUCCAGUCCGUCGGUGACGCCUUCUCCAGAACAGAAAGCCGUGUGGGACUCUCUACUAAAUCGAGUUGGUAAGAUACGUUCUCUGUCGAAAAAAGAAAGAAAGUUUAGGAUUGUUAUCUUUGAUUUGUAGCGGACAGGAGAGGAUUAAGAAUUAUUUGUCGACACUUUAAGGCCGCUAUCGACGCCUCAUGUUCUUGACCGUGUACCCUGACCACUCUUGCUUGUUUUAAGGAAGGAAGACUCGACUUUUGUUUUUUUCAAUUUCUGCUCCCUCCAGGGAAAGAGUCAUCGAUAUACUUGACGGGUGUGGAUAUGGUUACAGGUUCUUUGCUUCCCAGCCAUUCUGAUGUUCAAUUGUCUUGCCUCACAGGAGAGCGAAUCAAGGUAUAAAUAAUUAGACAUACCAGUAGUUACUUCCGUUGAAUCUGGUGCUCGCAUAUACUGAGUGUAAUAAAACUUGACGAGAGAUCAAAAAACUUGUUGAGGGUGUUGUUGCACAAUCUCUUGCGUCCAGGGCUCUUGUUAAAGGCCGUCGAGUAAAUAAUACAAAAACAAGAAAGACUGAGAAAAAUAAAGACUGUUUUUACUUUGUCAUUUAUAUGUUUCUUCCUUUUUCAGGGCCAGGCGUUUUUCUUGAAUGACGGACGCUCUGUAAUGUCAUUAAACAAUGCACUGAUGUGGGCCAAGGUAAACGCCUUUUCACUAGUAGGUGCUGGAGUGCGCCUGGAGCCCUUCUGAAGAAUGAACUGUGACGGCAGUAUCGUGACAGAUGUCAUGAAGGACGUCACGGCUUCUGUCACGAUAGUGUCGCGAAACUACUGCGAUAAGUCAAUAGACGAAUCCUCUCAUUGCUAUUGUCUCGAGGGAUGUAAUGACUGCUGCAACAAAACGUGGCUGGGAUGUAGUUGUUACUCCGAUCUCAGAAGAACUACCACCUUAUCCCCAUGGCAGCGUUACGACAGCUGCAGAAGAUGGCUAGAGUAGACUAGAUAAGACAUAAGACAUACUAGAAAUACGUUGAUCGCAAAACCUCGUUAAAGAAGGCGUGGCUCUAAUGAUGGAACCUCGGCUUCCUGCCCCCUCCCGUCUUUUGCCAGAUAUCUGAUCCACUAGAUAUACGAGGGCUGAAGAUCAGAUCUUACCUUGGGACAAGACUUAGGCUUUUUGUUGAAUAUUUAAGUAAACUUCCCUCUGAGUAUAUCAGGAGGAAUGUUGUGAUCCAAAGGUAAUUUCUCCUGUGGAGAAUUAAGAAAUUCGUGCCGGUCUGAAGCAAGAAGAAUUUAAAGCUGGCCUUUAAAUUAACACUAUCCAGUAGAUGAUAGGAUUUCAAAUACUGUAAAGUUGGUUUGUACUAGGCGUUCUAUAACCAGCCCGAUGCCUGUUUUGACUUUUGUUUUGUUCUUGCGUAAUUGUGCCAUUCUUACAAGUUCAUCCAUGUGUUGAAAAAAUUCAGUCACUUUCCCCGAUACGGACUUGACAUUAUCACCAACGAUGUAUCAUUUUUGAGUAGUUGUUUAAAGGAAAGCUAAAAUCAGUCUGGGUGAUUGCAGUAGAUACAAAUAGUUCAGUGAGCCAAUCAGAUUUUAAAUGCAAUACAUGUAACCGGUCCAAGGCGCGGGAAAGACCGAGCUUUCGUUUUGCCUCUGAUUGGUUGAUAAACUGGCACGUGAUUUUCUCUUAAUGCAAUCACCUAGCAGUACUAAAACAAGUGCAAUUUUGAAACUACUUACGACACUCAAGAAAAAAAAAAACGCUCUGAUGUCUCGGCUUAUUAGAAAGAUUUACUCAAACUACCUUUUUUUUAUAGAAUAUCUGUGAUUAAAACACCAAACGUGGACCACAGAUGUCUGCCUUAGCAGUAUACUUUACUUACUGAUUUUCUGGUGAUAUAAGUUGGCGCGUCUGAUUUUCUCCAAAAUAUUGUUUUUACAUUAUAUAAACAACUUUGGGAUAUUAUUAGGUAGGCUUAUUUAUUGUUCUGCUAAGAAUGGAGUAGUUGUUAUCGACAUUUUCUUAGCUUGAGAUAUAUUUAAUGGACAUAGUUUGCUUUUUCGGCAAAGCUAUUUUUAUUGAGUGAAAGUGUGUACAAGUCACGGAUUGUAAAUCUUCUGAUUAGUUUACAAAGUGGCGCUCUAAAAAUAACUUCGUAUUGUCGGUAAACAAUAGAAAAUACGAAUGACUCUAGAAAGUCAAUUGAAUACCACUCUACAAUUAUUUUUUUGGUAUGCAGAUUCCUGUUAAUAGAACUGAUAGGUCACUAGGUUAUUAAUAGUAUUCGCGCAUUAGAAUUCAAUAUCUUUUUAAAUUGUUUCUUUAGUUACGUUUUUACACAAUGUUACAUCUAGAUAGCAGAGAUCAGAAAGUACCCUGAACAUGAAGCUUUCUCAGUCGGUUUGGUCUCGGAUGAAAACCUUUUUAGAUCUUUGUAUGUGUAAAGUGUUUGAGAAAAUUAAAU